AUCUGACCCACCUUCGCUGGUGUAGAUUGGUUGGUUGCUUUAUUCCCCUCUUCGGUCCAAUUGCAAAGUUGUUGGAAUCGAAGAGUAUAAUUUUUAUUUUGAUUUUUGUGUCACUUCACGUUACUCUUCUCUUACUUUCUUUCGCCCAGCACUUGUUGAGGGCACGAUCCCCGCAUCGCUUCAUAAGACUUGUUAGUUCAACUGACACAAACCCCGUUUCUGUCUUGCAUGUCUUGAGCAUUUUCAGCGACGAGAGUUCUUUUCUCCCCUCUUUCUCAUAGACCCAGAAGCCGAUUUUCUACAAUACUUGAGAAACGGGAGCAGUGAGAAUUAAUUAGCCUUGGUUUGGAAUUGGGUGUUUGCUGUAGAUCACAGUUCCGGCUCUUAAUUGGGUGUUCUUUUACACCCUUGAUGGAGUUCGUGGGCAGAGCUGUGAAGAAAGAGUUCAAAGGCCGUGGAAUUCAUUUGGGUGUUGUUAAAUCCUUCAAUAGCUCUUCUAGGUUCUUCGAGGUGGAGUUCGAAGGUGGUGAUUCGGAGGAAUUGGCUUUGUCGGAGGUCUCUUUGCUCUUGGAGGGUCAGUCUCAACCGGUGGAAAACAUGCCCUGCCGUGGCCGGAAGCCCAAGAAACGUCGAAGAAUUGAGAGCACAUGUGAAAUUGGCGAUGCAUCGGCAAAUGCUGGGAGGAAUUCGGUGCCUGAUAAAGGGAAUUCAGAUGAAACCCUAGAAAUGGCCUUCGAGGUAAGUGUUGUUUGUGUUAAGGAUUUAAAUGAGAAUUUGAAUUUGAACGAUGAAGUUGAAAAAAACGUACAAAUAGCUGAUGGGGUUGGUGGGAAUUUGAAUGGAAGUCUCGAGGGAAAUGAGAAUUUGGAUAUGAAUGUUGAUCUCGGUGAUGGGUUUGAAGAUAUUUUGGAAAGGAGAAGCGAAUCUGAGAAGGGUUUUGUAGGAAAUAGGUCGGGCAAUGGGAGUCUUUGUAGAAAUGAAGAUUUCAGAGACGGGUUAGAUUUGAAUGCGAGUUCUAGCUCAAAUGAGUGGUUCAAUUUAAUCGAUGGCAGUGGUGUUCAUGCCCGUACUAGUAAAGAUUCUAACUUAGAGAGAAGGGGCUCCAUUGAUUUGAAUCUGUAUGUUAAUGCUGACUUUGAUGAGAAUCUUACUGGGGGAGCUGUAAGUUGUUCGCCGGUGGAAAUAAAGAAAAAGGAAUGGGAUUUUGACUUGAACUUACAGGUUAAUGAUGAACACGGGGAUACUAAUAAUAACGGUGGAGAAGAAGCUGCUUCUUCUGGGACGACAGAAGGAGUAAUAGACGAAGUUUGUGAGGAAGCAGUAAUGGACCAAGUUUGUGAUGAAGAAGAAAUACACCAAGUUUGUGAUGAAGUAGUAGUAGAAAAAGUUUGUGAUGAAGCAGUAAUAGACAAAGUUUAUGAUAACGUCGAAGGACUUCCAGACAAAAUUAUGGAAUCUGAGCAUGAAAGUGGCAAUUUGCAAGAAGUUCAUGUCGAUAUAAAGGAAGAAUUGCCAAAAGACAGCUAUAGUUCUGGUGGAGAUGUGGCUGUUAUUAACGAUGGUAACAUGGUCAACAUUGAAGUGAAGGAUGUGUGCUCUGAUGCUGGUCCUCAAGCAACUGAUGGUUUCCAAGGAAAUUCUGAAGAUCAAUGCAAACAGCAUGGCAGCAGAAGAAAGAAACGGAAGGUUUUGGACUGCGUAAAUACACCAGAUACAGUUUUGAGGAGAAGUACACGUAGAGGAUCCGUACAGAAAACCGUCCCAAUUGCAUCAUCUGAUAUAUCUUCCCCUGUAGCUAGUGUGGUAACCGAGGAAAAACAGGUAGCUUAUGAUUGUAAAGAAUCCGACAUGCCUGUUGCCUUUCCUCUUAAGUUGCAAUUACCACCCUCUUCGAAAAACUUGAAUCUUGACGAUAUUCCUAUCCUUGACUUGUUCUCUAUUUAUUCCUGUUUGAGAUCAUUUAGUACUCUGUUGUUUCUUAGCCCAUUUGAGUUGGAUGAUUUUGUGGCAGCCCUAAACUGCAAAUCUCCUACUAUAUUAUUUGAUAAUAUACAUCUCUCUGUUCUGAAAACUCUAAGAAAGCAUUUGAAGUAUCUCUCUGCUGAAGGUUCGGAAUCUGCUUCCAGUUGUUUAAGGAGUCUUAACUGGGAUAUGCUAGACUUGAUUACGUGGCCUAUUUUUAUGGUUGAGUAUCUGUUGAUUCAUGGUUCAGGUUUGAAACCUGGCGUUGAUCUAUGUCACCUGAAUUUAUUAAAAAAUGAUUGCUACAAACACCCUACGAGAAUUAAGAUCGAAAUUCUUCGCUGUCUAUGUGAUGAUAUGAUUGAAGCGGAAGCCAUUAGGUCAGAGAUUAACAGAAGGUCUUUGGCAGCUGAGCCAGAAAUUAUUCGUGAUAGAAGUGUGAGGUUGGAGGUAUACAAAAAGAAGAAGAUUUCAGCAAAUGCCUCCAUUAAUUCUUGUCUGUCGGAGGAUGGUAUGGAUGACACCACAGACUGGAAUAGUGAUGAAUGCUGUCUGUGCAAAAUGGAUGGUAGCUUAAUAUGCUGUGAUGGCUGUCCUGCUGCAUAUCAUUUGAAGUGUGUAGGAAUAGCCAAUGAUCUCUUGCCAGAGGGUGACUGGUUUUGCCCUGAGUGUGCUAUUGACAGGCAAAAGCCCUGGAUGAAAACGCCAAAAUCACUUCGGGGAGCUGAUUUCUUAGGAAUGGAUCCUCAUGGACGUACGUACUUUAGUAGCUGUGGCUACCUGUUGGUGUUUGAUUCAUGUGACACGGAGUCCUCUGUCAGUUACUACCACACGAAUGAUCUGGAUGUUGUUAUUGAAGCUCUUAGGUCAUCAGAUUCAUCGUACAGUGACCUACUAAUGGCUAUUUACAAGCACUGGAAGAUUCCUUUUACUUCAAAUGGAAAAAUGAGUAAAAUGGGUUCUCUAGAUUGUACGAUUGGAUAUCAUAGCAAUUCUUUCCAUGAAGGUGCAAAGUCGGUAAACUUGGUUGAAGUGGAGGCUAUACUGGAAGGUUCAACUAUGAAUACUGAAGAACCAGCUCUAGACAGUAAGAUGAACUCCAGCAUUCAGAACGGUUAUGAAUUCAUAAGUCAGGCUAAAGUACCAGGGAAGUUCUCUUCUGGAGGAAAUCUGUCUUCGAUACGUCCUUGCCUAGAUGGAAAAGAGGAUUUCCUUGGAGUUAAAAAUGAUGGUUACUCUAACUUCUAUAGUUUUGCACAAACAGCUUCUUCGGUGGCUGAUGAGUUCUUGCGUAAAUCAUCUGACAAAAUUAAAGAAAAGUCUACUAUGUCAGAAGAAGAAAUAAUUGCAGGGCAGAUGAAGGUAAUUUUGAAGAAAACAAGCAACUUUUAUUGGCCGUUCAUUCAAAAUUUUAACGUAGCUACGCAGAAAGAGAAAUGUGGAUGGUGCUUUCCUUGCAAAUCUUCGAGUGAUGAGGCGGACUGCUUGUUUAAGACGAACAUUAGCCAGAUUGAGGAGGGUUUGGCAGUUCAUGUUCCUGAUCUUCAACUUAAAAUGAAGGGAAAAGGCCACCUCAGAGAUGUUGUAUGUCAAAUUAUCUCGAUUGAGAAUCGUUUGCGAGGGUUACUUGUAGGUCCAUGGCUGGAUUCUCAUUAUUCUAAGCUUUGGCGUGAAGGUCUCGUGGCACUUGACCUUAACUCCAUCAAGCCUCUAUUAUUAAUGAUAGAAUCAAAUUUAUGCCAGCCUGCUCUAUCAACUGAGUGGUUUAAGUAUGUCGACUCUGUUAACACCUUGGGUUCGGCUUCCCUUUUCAUUACCAGUUCAGUACGUACUAAUAGACAUGGAAUAAGUAGAAAAAGAGCUAGGUUUUCAGAUAUCGAGUCAAACGCCUCUUCGUGUGGUUCUAGUGGAUUAAGUAUGUUUUGGUGGAGGGGUGGCCAGCUUUCUCGUCGCAUGUUUAACUGGAAAGGUUUGCCUCGUUCCUUAGUUUCCAAGGCUGCACGACAAGCUGGAUGUACAAAGAUACCAGGAAUUGCAUAUCCUGAGGGUUCAGAAUGUGCGAGAAGAAGCAAGUGCAUUGCCUGGCGAGCUGCUGUAGAGGCAUCAACAAGUGUGGAGCAGCUUGCAUUCCAGGUUAGAGAAUUUUAUUCAAACAUUCUGUGGGAUGACAUUGAAAAUACCCAUCCUCUCCCUACUUUAGAAAAGGAAUUAAGAAAAUCAAUCAGGCUUUUCAAGAAGGUAAUUGUGCGCCGUAAGUCCGUUGAAGGAGACAUGACAAAAUAUCUCCUUGACUUUGGAAAGAGAAGAGUGAUUCCUGACAUUGUUAAGAAACAUGGGAUAAUGCUGGAGGAUUCUAGUAACGAUAAAAAGAGAUAUUGGCUAAAUGGGAUUUAUGUUCCUCUGCAUCUGGUGAAGAAUUUCGAGGAGAAAAGAAUUGCUCGCAAAACAAAUGAGGUUAAGCCCAAGAACGUGGAAUUCAGUACAGUGAAGUCUUCCAGGAAGAAGGGAUUUGCAUAUUUGUUUGCAAGAGCAGAUAAACCUGAGUUGUAUCAAUGUGGCCGCUGUAACAAAGUUGUUCCUGUCAGGGAUGCUGUUAGUUGUCGAUAUUGUCAAGGAAUUUUUCACAAAAAGCAUGUGAAGAAGUAUGUGGAAUCCGUUGCUGCUCAAUGUACAUAUACUUGCCACAGUUGUUGGGAUGGUAUGUCUGUGAAGACUAGUGGAAAAAGAGGGAAAAGUGGUGUAAAAGGAGGGAAGUUGCACAUGGAAAGACAUAAAAAAGUUUCGAGUGAUCAACGUGCAUUACGAUUGAAAAACAGAAAAAAAUUAUUGAGAGCUGGAAAACAAGUACAGACCAAAAGCAAGUCCAAAGUUCCGACAGGUAUCCCUCUACGUCGUUCAGAAAGACAAGCUACAUUCUCAUCACUUCAGAAGAAAAAGCAAUCACUUCAGAAGAAAAAGCAAAAUAAAAAGAAGAUUGGUGGAAGUGUCAAAAGGAAAAAGAUUAAGUCCAGGAAGGGAACACCAAAUAAACGCAAGAGAGAGACUUCUUUGCAGAAGAAGAGAACUCUGGCCAGUCACAGCUUCUGGCUUAAUGGCCUCUUCCUUUCUACAAAGCCCGGUGACGAACGAGUGUCGCACUUUAGGGAGAAAAAGCUUCUUGCUCUAUCUCAGAGUAUUUCCAUGGACCUUGAAAAACCAAAAUGCAAUCUUUGUUCUGAAACAGAAUAUGCUUCUGGUUUGAAUUAUAUUGCGUGUGACAUUUGUGGAGCGUGGUUUCAUGGCGAUGCGUUUGGACUUGAUCAGACGAAAAUAGAUAAAUUGAUUGGAUUUAGGUGUCAUACGUGUCGGAAAAGGAUGCCUCCUGUCUGUCCGCAUCAAACGAAUCAGAAGUCUGAUAUUUUGGAGGUUCCUGAGGUACAAAAUAGUACUGAGGUACAAAAUAGUACUGUGGUUAAUUGUUCAGAGGAACCCAUGCCCUCCCAUGUAUAAAUGUGAUAUCUCAAAUAUUGUAGGAGAGGGAUAACUGUGUUUCUAAUGGGAAGAAAAGAAAAACAGCGAAAGCAAAUGACAAGGAAGUUAACUACAUUCCGAGAAAUUAUUCUCUAGCUAUAGUGUAUUUACUGAAACUAUAUUGAAAUUUGAGAUUAGUUGAUUCUCAUGAUUCAAUGACCGGUAGUUUUUAGCCUGUCCUGUUUACUUU